CGGGUUUAGGUUUACCAUAACGUCGUCGUUUCAAGCACAGAAUUAUUUGUCAUCCAUCUUCUCCCGCAUCCCGUAUUAUUCCAGUAAAAUAUCACAUUUUAUUCCGGUAGAACACCGAGCAACACUGUCGCACUGAGUUAUCACUCAUCAAUUCAACCCUCUUCACAUUUCGCAUAGAAUUAGCCUUAAAUCCUUUGAAGUUACUUUAGUUUUUUUUCGCUCCCAUAGCCACCCUGAAUUCCUCCGCAGGAUUUUUUUUCUUUUUUUCUUUUGAAAUUCAAGAAUUACUUUCCACUCAUUGGAUGCUCUACUGGUUCUUUUUAAUUCGAGGAACUCGAGGUUGUUUGCUGGAUAUUUCCCCUUUCACCUAUCAAUUUUAACUCCCAGAAAAAAUAAAAUAAGUUGGCCCUGGAGUUUUCGAAUAGAUGGCUCUUCAUUGUAGCUCAUUGAGUUUCAGCUGUGUUGGGCCGUCCAAUCGGUUGAUGGGCCCAUCUUUGUUUUUCAGGAAUUGCCUUAUUGUGAAACCAUCAGCCUUUUCAUCUCCGUCGCCAUCUUCGUUUGUAAGAUUCAGACUUCAAGGAAUUGUGACGAGCACCACAAGUGCAGCUCAAGUGGAGGUUGAAUAUGAAGUUGCAGAGGGGUGCACGAUAACCGAAUUUUGUGACAAGAUAAUCGAUGUUUUCCUGAAUGAGAAGCCUAAGUCUAAGGACUGGAAAAGAUAUUUGAUUUUCAGAGAUGAGUGGGGCAAGUACCGGGAAAGGUUCUACAGUCGCUGUAAAGUGCGUGCGGAUGCUGAAAGUGAUUCCCAACUGAAGCAAAAAUUAAUCAACUUAUCCGUAAAAGUCAAAAAGAUUGAUGAUGAAAUGGGAAAGCAUGCUGAGCUCUUGAAAGAGAUAGAAGAUAAUCCCAUGGAUAUAAAUGCUAUAGUAGCAAGGAGACGUGUGGACUUUACUGAGGACUUUUUUCGCCAUCUCACUUUGCUCUCUGAAAUAUAUGACGGCUUGGAGGACAGAGAUGCAAUUGCUCGACUGGGAGCACGAUGCCUAUCAGCUGUCAGUGCCUUUGAUAACACUCUGGAAAUUGUUGGCACAUUAGACACUGCCCAGGAGAAAUUUGACGACAUCUUGAAUUCUCCUUCAAUAGAUGAGGCCUGUGAGAAAAUCAAAAGCCUGGCCAAGGGAAAAGCACUCGACUCUUCUCUUAUUUUGUUGAUAAAUGGUGCUUGGGCAUCAGCCAAAGAGUCAACUACGAUGAAAAACGAGGUGAAAGAUAUAAUGUACCGACUUUACAAGGCAACACAAAGUAGUUUGAGAAGUAUUGCACCAAAGGAAAUUAAGCUUCUCAAGUAUUUGCUUAACAUCACGGACCCCGAAGAACGAUUCUCAGCAUUAGCCACAGCUUUCUCACCUGGUGACGAACGUGAUACCAAACAACCAAACGCUAUAUACACGUCACCUAAAGAGCUGCAUAAGUGGAUUAAGAUCAUGCUCGAUGCUUAUCAUUUGAGUACAGAGGAAAAUGAAAUUAGGGAAGCCAAGAAAAUGAAUCAACCUGUCGUGAUACAGAGACUUUUCAUUCUUAAAGAAACUAUUGAAGCAGAGUACUUGGAGAAGAAUACCAACACAGAGACAGAUGUGAACUCAGAGGAAUCUUGAGGUACAAAUUUCAUUAAUUAGCACUGUUUCAGGUAUAAGUUUUUUUUUUUUUUUCNUUUCACUGAUAUGUAAAACGUGAGACUUUUUAACUAAUUUACCUUAAAGUCUGAAAUUCGAAUAUGUAAAAUUGUCGCGCCUGAUAAAACAGAAUUGAGUGACUCAGAAUCGGUUUUUGGGAAUCUUUUGAUGUGUAAUUUGUGGGGCAUUCACGUUUUUGGUGCAUGUUUUGUUUAGAUAAAACAGAAAGCCAUGGCCGAUUCUGGUUAUCAGUUUGUUUUUUUGCUAAUGUAAUAAAGUCGUUGUAGUACGCAUAAAAAGCGGGAAGCUUUUUGUUGUACUGCUAAAUCCACGCGGAAAGAUUCUCG